CGGCGCCGUCGCGCUUGGCGGGAGAUAGAAAAGUGCUGCUGUGCGCGCCGGCGGCGGCCGGAGUUCCUGCGAGCAGCGGCGGGACCUGCGGAUACGCUGACGUCUCCCGGCGCGGCCCCGGGGCCCGGAGCGGCCCGAGCAGCCUCACCCUGACCCCGGCCCGGCUCCCGCUCCGGGCUCAGCCGGCGGGCGGGCGAGCGCGGCGCGGCCCGGGCCGGGGGGAUGUCUCGGCGGACGCGCGGUGAGGAGCUGGAUGAGCUGCACUACCAGGACACAGAUUCAGAUGUACCAGAGCAGAGGGACAACAAGUGCAAGGUCAAAUGGACCCACGAGGAGGACGAGCAGCUGAGGACCCUGGUCAGGCAGUUUGGACAGCAAGACUGGAAGUUCCUGGCCAGCCACUUCCCUAACCGUACCGACCAGCAGUGCCAGUACCGGUGGCUGAGGGUCUUGAAUCCAGACCUCGUCAAGGGGCCAUGGACCAAAGAGGAGGAUCAAAAGGUCAUUGAGCUGGUCAAGAAGUACGGCACGAAGCAAUGGACGCUGAUCGCCAAGCACCUGAAGGGCCGGCUGGGGAAGCAGUGCCGUGAGCGCUGGCACAACCACCUCAACCCUGAGGUGAAGAAGUCCUGCUGGACCGAGGAGGAGGAUCGCAUCAUCUGUGAGGCCCACAAGGUGCUCGGCAACCGCUGGGCCGAGAUCGCCAAGAUGCUGCCAGGGAGGACAGACAAUGCUGUGAAGAAUCACUGGAACUCCACCAUCAAAAGGAAGGUGGACACGGGUGGCUUCCUUAGUGAGUCAAAAGACUGCAAGCCCCCUGUGUACUUGCUGCUGGAGCUCGAGGACAAGGAUGCUGGCCAGAGCGCCCGCCCUGUGGAGGAGCAGGGUAGUCUCGUCACCAGCUGGCCCCCCGCACUUCCUGCCAUGAAGGAAGAGGAAAGCAGUGAGGAGGAGGCCACGGCAGCCACCACCUCUAAGGAGCAGGGAGCUGUCCCUGCAGACCUGGAUGGAGUUCGAACACCAGAGCCCUUGGAGGACUUCCCGAAGCGUGAAGACCAGGAGGGCUCCUCGCCGGAAACCAGCCUGCCCUACAAGUGGGUGGUGGAGGCUGCAAACCUCCUCAUCCCUGCCGUGGGGUCCAGCCUCUCGGAAGCCCUGGACUUGAUCGAGUCGGACCCUGAUGCUUGGUGUGACCUGAGUAAAUUUGACCUGCCCGAGGAGCCGUCCGCAGAGGGCAGCAUCAGCAACAGCCCGGUGCAGCCAUCACCAUCACGGCGGCAGCAGGUGCCGCCGCCCCGCCAGCCUGCUGCCCUGGUGCCCAGUGUGACCGAGUACCGCCUGGACGGCCACACCAUCUCAGACCUGAGCCGGAGCAGUCGGGGCGAGCUGAUCCCCAUUUCCCCCAGCACUGAGGUGGGGGGCUUGGGCAUCGGCACGCCACCUUCGGUGCUCAAGCGGCAGAAGAAGAGGCGUGUCGCCCUGUCCCCUGUCACGGAGAACAGCGCCAGCCUGUCCUUCCUGGACUCCUGUAACAGCCUCACCCCCAAGAGCACACCCGUCAAGACCCUACCCUUCUCGCCCUCCCAGUUUCUGAACUUCUGGAACAAACAGGACACACUGGAGCUGGAGAGCCCCUCACUGACGUCCACCCCGGUGUGUAGCCAGAAGGUGGUGGUCACCACACCCCUGCACCGGGAUAAGACGCCCCUGCACCAGAAACACGCGGCGUUUGUAACCCCAGAUCAGAAGUACUCCAUGGACAACACUCCCCACACGCCAACCCCGUUCAAGAAUGCCCUGGAGAAGUAUGGACCACUAAAGCCCCUGCCCCAGACCCCGCACCUGGAGGAGGACUUGAAAGAGGUGCUGCGCUCGGAGGCCGGCAUCGAGCUCAUCAUUGAGGACGAGGCGAGGCCUGAGAAGCAGAAGAGGAAGGCUGGGCUACGGCGGAGCCCCAUCAAGAAGGUCCGCAAGUCCCUGGCUCUUGACAUCGUGGAUGAAGAUGUGAAGCUGGUAAUGUCCACGCUGCCCAAGGUGCUGUCCUUGCCGACAAAUGUCCUGUCAAGCUCCUCCAGCCUCACGGUGCCAGGCAUCAAAGAAGACACCAGCCUCCUCAACGAGGGCUUCCUGCAGGCCAAGCCCGAGAAGCCGGUGGCAGCCCCGAAGCCCCGAAGCCACUUUCCAGCACCUGCCCCUAUGACCAGUGCCUGGAAAACAGUGGCCUGUGGGGGGACCAGGGACCAGCUCUUCAUGCAAGAGAAAGCCCGGCAGCUCCUGGGCCGCUUGAAGCCCAGCCACACGUCUCGGACCCUCAUCUUGUCCUGAGGGACUUGGUGGUCACGAGCUCAUUCUUGUGUUUACAGGGGGCUGGGGGGACCGAGGUUGGUCUGUGAAUCUGAGAAAAACGCUCAGAUGACCACUUGCAGGGAGCCUUCUGCCACCAGCCCCUCCCCAGACUGCUCAGGUGGAGGCAGAGCAGGGCCACCCGCUGUCCUGUCUCCGAGUCCAGCAGUGGCUGUGGGCGGUUCCUGGUGCUAACAGAACAAAGUCCCACCCCUGGGCCUGCCUGGUCCUCUUCCCAGUGCCACAGGGAGUCCCAUUAGCUCCUCCCAAGCCCUGGUCAGGUCUGGCCUCAUCUCAGACCCCUGCUUAGAACAGGGGACGUGGCCAACGUGCUUCUUCCCUCAACCUGUUAGUACGUUUUCUUGAAAAAUAAAAUUCCCUUUUUCCUUA